AUGUCGAGUAACGUUUUACUACAUAUUAUACUUGCAGUCUUUCUACCACCAGUUUCUGUAUAUGUAACUUCAGGAUGUGGUUCACAACUGUGUUUGAACCUAUUGCUAUGUCUUUUCUUGUUCUUUCCGCAUAUUCAUGCGAUAUACUUAUUUAUUAUUCAGUAUAAAAACGAGGAAAUGAUUGAUUUCAGAAAUAUGUCUGAUGGUAGAACAAGAUACAACCCGAAUGCAACAGAGCGCAGAGGACAAAAUAACAUAAACAGUCCAAACAUUCUAGCAUACACUGUUGUAGAUACGAAUACACAAGAUAGGGGAGAUGAUAGGCCAGAUACAGCUAGCAACUAG